UUUAGCCUAAAAAGUGCGUGUUAUACGCCGAUAAAUACAGUACUUGUCAGAGGUUAUCAACAACAUCCCUAGCAUCUAAUAGUAAAGUUGCCCACCCCCUCACUGUUUUCUUCCUUGAAUAUGCGAAUAUUCACAUAUGCGAAUAUAACAAUUACGCAAAAUUCACGAAUAUAGGACAAAUAUUAAUCUAUCUAUUCGCGAAAUAUCGCAAAUUCAAAUAUGGGCAACGCCGCUCAUCACUAUUGGUUACGUGUGAUGUUGAAUCAUUGUACACAUCAAUCAGACACACGGAUGGACUGUCUGCCACACAAUUCUUCCUAUUAGUGUCAGAUUUGGACCUGGAACUAAGUGAGUUGAUUUUACAACUGUUACAAUUCGCUUUGACCCAUAACUUCUUUUUAUUCAAGAAUACGGUCUUCCUUCAACUCCAGGGGUCCUGUGCCCCCUCAUAUACUAAUCUCUUCCUGUGGUUGUGGGAAAAGCCAAUCUUCAUGACAGAACCUGUGCCACAGAUUAAGAAGGUGUUACAAUGGGGCCAUUAUAUAGGUGAUAUUCUGUUUGUAUGGCAGGGGACUGAGGAAGACUUGACCAGAUUUAUGGGAGCUCUAAAUAACAAUGAGCUGAAUAUCAGACUGACAUAUAAGAGUGGAUGCUCUAAAAUAGAUUUUUUGGAUGUUCUAUUUGAUGUAGAUCAAGAUGGCUAUAUCUCUACCAAUGUGCAUCGGAAGAAAACUUCCACAAAUUUAUUGUUGCAUGCCUCCUCAUCUCACCCUCGACCCCUUAUCUCUAACAUCCCCACAGGCCAGUUCCUCCAUAUACAGAGAAUUUGUCCAACCAAAGCAUAUUGUGAGGAACAAACAAGAAAUCUAUCCCAGCAAUUUAAAUAGAGAGGAUAUAGAGAAGUGGACAUCAAGAAAAGUUGUGAGGGCAAAGGAAACAACGAGAGGGGCACUCUUGACACAAUCUAAGAGAAGGAACCAAGUGGAUCAGUACUUAACAGAGAAACCCUCGUUCACGUAUCGACGAUCAAAAAACUUGAAAGAUUUACUGGUGCAUAGCCAUCACAAAGGACAAAACGCAAACAGACUUUUUGGUUCUAAGGGGCCAAAAUGGGGGUGCAAACCAUGUGGAGGAUGCGUGCCUUGCCCAAACACAGAAACAGCUAAAGAUUUUUGGGAUUCUAGCCAACAGAAGAAAUAUUUGAUUACUUACCCCAUUACAUGCAACACUGUUGGUGUUGUAUAUUUUGCUACCUGUCCAUGCAAUCUGAUUUACAUUGGUCUCACUUGCAGAGAACUACGCCACAGAGUACGAUAACAUGUUUUAGGAACUGAAGCAGCAAAAGAAUAAAUGGACAUCAGCAAGUUGAAGACUUUACGUCGACAUUUCUGUGAAUUCCAUGAUUGUAACAGUAAACUGUUAAAAGUGAGGCGGAUUGAAAGAGUUUUUCCAGGUCCAAGGGGUGGGAAUUGGAGGAAAACAUUGUCCCAAAAGGAGACGCACCACCACUCCUUGGAUCUAAACGAGCAUAAUAGUUUUGUCCCGUUUCUGUAGAUUAUGGAUUUUUGUUAAAAUAGUUCACCCGGAUUUUGAUACGUUGGGUAACUGAUUCUGUUAUACUUUUGGUCAUUAUGGUUUUAAUUGAUUUUAUCUUUGUUUAUAGGUGA